GCAACUGGCAGAUAAAUUUGAUCCCGAUUCUUUACUAGCCUUGGAAAAAGCUCUUCUCAAAGUACCUCUUGUACAGCUCAGAGGUUCUACUUCGAAGGCUUAUAAAAACUUUGAAAAGGAAUCAAAGCACCUUCAAAUGCAGAUCAAACAACUGCAAAGUGAAAUUGCUUCGACUAACAGAGCUGAUGUCGAUAAAAUUAAGGAAUUUCUUGAAGCUCAUGGAGAAGGACAAAAACAUGUUGCAAGAGGCCGACAGCGAGUUGACCAUCUCGCUGAAGUAUCUUCAAUAACUAGUGUCUAUGAUCCAAAGUACAAAGAAUGGACUGGAAAGCGAGCAGAUCGGGUUAUUAUUGAUUAUUUAUUGAGAGAAGGAUUUCGUGAUACAGCAAUCCAGUUGGCCCGUGAAUCCGAUAUUGAA